CACAUGUGUGUAUAAAGCCGGUAUUGCGGUAAUGCUGUCUACCGUAUCUACAUAUUGCACUAUUUUACAAACCAGCUGUGCUGUGGUACUACUGGAAUAGGAACUGGACAUUUGACGAGUUACUAUAGAUCUACUACACAUUGUUGUGUACUAACUGUAGAUUAACACCAGUAGAUUUGCAUCUGUAUUUCAACAUUCUGAAGAAAAGGGAGAGUUUCUUUUCUAAGUUAGUCAAAACGAAGCUGUAAAGUCGGAGACAGAAAAGUCAGAAACGAAGUCGAAGAAAAUGACGGACGAAGUUCAGGAAGACAAUGAAGCGAUCUUUGAUCCUUCUAUGAAGAAGAAAAAGAAGAAGAAGAAGACGCCCUUUGAUUUAGAUGCUGCCCUCGGUGGUGAAACUCAGAAUGAGGAAGCUGAUGCACCGGCAGCAGAAACAGAGAAUGUGGAUUCAGAGACGAAACCAACCGAGGAGACGCAAGGAGAAGGAGAGAAGAAGAAAAAGAAAGAAAAAGCAUCAGCAGAUAAUUUCGAUGAACUUGACCUGGAAGAUUUCACAGCGUUGAAAAAGAAGAAGAAAAAGAAGAAGACGGCUUUUGUGAUGGAUGGUUUGGAGUCAGCCUUACCAGAUGUGGAUGAUAACACCAGCAAAGAGCCGGCCGAGGAAGACACUCCCAUGGCACUGGAAGAUAUGCCAGAGAUGGAAGAUCUGGAUAUCACAAAACAGAAGAAGAAGAAAAAGAAAAAGAAGAAGCGAAUCGAAGACUUGGAUGGAGAUGAUGUUGUCGAACCUGUCACUGGAAAAGAAGAUGAUAAUUCAGAAUUAAAGGACACAAGCGGUACAACGUGGGCUGGAACAGAACGUGAUUACACAUAUGAUGAAUUACUAACGAGGGCAUUUGACAUCAUGAGAUCAAAGAAUCCUGACAUGGUAACAGGAGAGAAGAAGAGAUUCAUCAUGAGGCCUCCUCAGGUCGUUAGGAUUGGAACCAAGAAAAGCUCCUUUGUCAACUUCACAGAAAUUUGUAAAAUGCUUCAUAGACCCACAGAGCAUCUGCUCAACUUCUUAUUAGCCGAGUUAGGGACGAGCGGGUCCAUAGACGGAAAUAACCAGCUCAUUAUCAAAGGUCGCUUCCAACAAAAACAAAUGGAAAGUGUACUCAGGAGAUAUAUUAAGGAAUACGUAACGUGUCACACGUGUAGAUCGUCCGAAACCUUCCUGCACAAAGAGAAUCGGCUUUUCUUCUUACAGUGCGAGAGGUGUCAAUCAAGGUGUUCUGUCGCUAGCAUCAAGUCCGGUUUCCAGGCCCUUACAGGCAAAAGGGCACAAAUGCGUGCCAAAGAAAAAUAGUAGGGUUUCUUGUGUUUGUAUGUAUAGAAACGUUGUCUUUAUAUCAAUGUCAUUCUUUACUGUAUGCAUAGAUAGGUAUGUUACUCUGAUACACAUCAUGCACAUGAUCUCUACUUCUCUGUAUUUUUAUUCAAAACCUUACGAGCUUGUAUGAAUAAUUUUUUUCCUUCUGUGUUUUCUGAUAUUUACCCAUAAACCUUAUUUCUAAGGUGAAAUUUAAAUUCUGAAUGUAUCAUUUUUUUUCCUGUCAAAGACAAAUAGUGAUAUAAUAUUUCAGUUAUUUAAAAAAGAGAUGUUUGUCCUGUGUCCAAACCAGUAUGGUUUCGGUAUAACUACACAUACAAAAUACUUGAAAGCAAUCAAAUUAUUCUGUUAGUGGUAUUGAACGAAGCUGGUGUGACCUUUAAAAACUUCAGUAUACAGGUGGCUCUGCCCAAGUUGAAUCUAUUGGGACCAGAUUGCAAAGCAUGUAUUUAAGCCAGGGCUGGACAUUAGCAAUGGCCACCAAAAUUCUGUAAGAGCUCCCACUUGGUGGCCCAGUUUGGCUACCAAAGUUUUGCUAAAUUGAAAUGUUUUCUAUUGUUUCAGGGCCACCAAAUUUGCUUUGCAGGCCAUCAAAAAUAUGAAAUUGAUGAUUUUGGUGGACCGAUC